AUGUUUAUUGCGGAUGCGCUCAGUAGAGAUUAUCUUCAUAAUGAUAUUGGUAAUAAAAAUGUUAUCGAGGACGUGUAUCAUAAUAUACACGACAUAAAAACUGUUUGUCCGAUAAGUACUGAAACUUUAAAUAGAUUAACAGAGGCAAUAGAUGGUGAUCAUGAGUAUAGAAUGAUUGUAGAAUGUGUAAAUAAUAAUUGGCCCAACAGUAAUAGCAUACAGGGAGAGAUGUCUAGUUUCUACAAAAUAAGACAAAAUUUGACAGUUGUUAAUCGUGUGUUAUUCUUUAAUAAUAAAAUAGUCAUUCCACGAGCUAUGAGGGCAUAUGUUUUAAAUGUUUUACAUGAAGGUCAUUUUGGUAUUAAUAAAUGUAAAUCUAGAGCAAGGGAGUUAAUCUACUGGCCUAAAAUCAAUAAUGAUAUUGAAAAAAUUGUAAAUAAUUGUGAAUUAUGUGAUACAUUUAAAAGUAACAAUAGUAAAUUACCGAUGUUAAGUCAUGAUAUUCCGUGUAGGCCAUGGCAGAAAAGAGGCACAGACAUUUUAGAGUAUAAAUCAAAGUCAUAUCUAGUAGUAACUGAUUAUUUUUCAAAGUGGUUUGAGCUUAGAAAAAUUAAAGAUAAGUCUGCUAAACAGGUAAUAGAAACCUUUAUAAACAUUUUUUCUAUUCAUGGUUGCCCGGAUGAGAUUGUUUCGGACAACAUUCCAUUUAACAGUCAAGAAUUUAAACACUUUUGCACUGAAUGGAACAUUAAAUCAAUUUAUAGUAGUCCGCAUUAUCCUAAAAGCAAUGGACAGGCAGAAAAGACUGUCAGUACAUGUAAAAAAAUCUUAAAAAAAUCAGAGGAGAAAAAGAGCAAUUUAGAUAUAUUUCUGUUGAACUAUAGAAACACACCAAUAGAGGAUUUGGGGCUAUCACCGGCUCAAUUGUUGAUGUCUCGUAGAUUAAAAGAUAAGUUACCG